AUGGUGGACUCGACCGACCAAGGAACGGACGACAAGGUCGUGGCCGGACCUACCAAGUUGGCGGGCUCCACCCCAUCCACCGUUGAGAAGGAGCGAACCCCCGCAAGCACGACCGCGGACGAGCGUGUCGCCACCCAACCGCGUGAGGUGGAGAAGGAAGGCGUCGAGAAACAGGCGUCAGAGGGCAAGGGCGACAAGAGCUGCUCGAAGCUGCCAGACGAGAGACGCUUGUGGAAGUUCUUGGAGGGAGUCAAGGGUUGGCGGUUUACGGGUAGCGGAUGGACGGUAUGCGGGCCCGAAGGCGGUGGUGGCAGUGGGAGUUCCAUGGAGGCCGCUGAGCUCCCGCAGUACGUGGUUUCCCAACCAAGCCUCCUGGCCGAGUACGAGUGGCAGCAACGCCAGGCAGAUGGGCAUGAACAGGAGAAGCCGCAAGAGUCUACCCGGCCCCAAGAAAAGCCGCAGGACAAGGGAGUGGAAGCCGUAGUGGAGAAGAAGGGCGAGCAAACCCUUGCCUCCAAAGAUCGAGAGCAAGCGCAAGAGGGGGACGUCCAAGGUCCCGAGGAGGGGGACAUGGUAGGGCCGGACAACGGCAAGGAAACCCCGCACCAGGGGGCGGCCAUGGAGGUAGAAGGUGAGGCCGAGGUGGAGGAAGUCGAGGUGGUGGUAGGAGGCAAGGGAGAGGUUCAAGAGGCACGGGAGGCUAACAUGGAGGUAGACGGUGAGGCCGGAUUGAAGGAGACGCAGGGAGAGAAGGCCGUGGGCGGUGACGUAGGAGGUACCUCUGAAGAGCGGAGUGGUGUUGCGGUGGAGCCUGUUGGGGCCGGAGCAGCAGCAGCAGCAGCAGCAUCCGGCGAUGUCGCGGGAGCCGGCGGCGGUGGUGCUGGGGCCGCUCCGAAGAGCAAGGCGAAGGGGGACGGGAAGCAGGGGACCGCGUUCGGACCGUGCAUGUGCCCGCAAGGGACAGACGGUGCGCACAAGACUGUGGACGUGGAGCGCCGGUGCUGGCCCGGCAGCAACAAGCCCGGCGGGAUCGGCCGCAUUACAAAGAAGUACACCGCCGAGGAAGAGGUGUGCGGCGAAAUGGUGCAGAUGUCGUACUUUGAUAUCAAGUACCUCUUGGGCGGCAGCGAGAAGAGGGUGCAGGAGACCUACAUCUCGUGCACCCCGCUGGAGAUUGCCGCCAGGCAGUCGGCUCCUCGCGACAGGUUCACCGUCGAGGUGCCCGAGCCGACGACACGCCGCCAGAAGCCGGCUCGGACACCUCCGCCCCCGGCGCCAACACGGACGAGCCCCCUGGCAUCAAGCGCAGACGCGAAUACUUCUUUGUCAUCCCUAGAGGCGAAGGCUAAAGGCAGCCGUAGCCUCAAGAAGGUGACGCCGGUGGUGAAGCGCUCAAAGCCAACGAUAGCGGCGGCGGCGGCGGCGGCGGCGGGCGGGCGGGAGGGCAAGGGGCCCCGCAAGAGGGCCAGGACUGCGGAGGGGGGGGGGAGGCCUUGGAAGAAGGCGUCGUCGCAGUCUGAGUGCAAAGAGAACCAGGAGGUGCACCGCGAACGGGAGGUGCCGGCACGAGGCGAGGACCCGACGCGGCACGCCAUCACCGACCUGUCCGUGGUCGUUGAAGCCACGAAGACACCGAGCGCGCCGCUUUCCGCAGGGCGGAUGGAUGCGUUUCAGUUGGCGUUGGGAGCGCUCUUCCGCCAAAGCACUACGGACACUAUAUCAUUGGCGAAGGUGCACGCCGACAUAAACGCUCAGGUUGUCCAGGGCACGUCACCCUUCAACGACAAUGAGGUGACUCUCAGCCUCAAAUAUCUGGAGGACGUGGAGUCAAAGGUCAUGCUUGACAGCGGCAUGCUCUACCGCAUCUGAUCGGCGUGCCGCCUCGACCGCUACCCGCCUAAGGUGGUGCUCGGCGACGGCAUGCUCUGUCAGGAGACUCGCGGCAUUCUGUAUCGCGCGUUGGUUGGGCGGAACGUGACGGGCGAUGAUCUCAAGAUUGAUCCAGCGUUCGUGGCGUGCACCACGUAGCUCAUUAUGGUUGGGGUCGGUGUGAGCCUGGCCAACGGCACGCGAUACGGCAAGCGUUGGCAGAUAUCGCUAUACAUGUGCCACUUUCUGUGGAGGCCCAUUCCUCGGACCGAUCCUGAAGUGGUGCAUGCCGUUUUGGUGCCGAUUCUGAUGAAUGUACACGGCUCAUGAGGGAGGGAGGGAAGGGCCUGGUUUCAGGGCGUGGGUGCGUGUCUGCACUUUGUCUGUCGCGCGAAGGCGUUGUUGUUUGAAGCACGAAGGCCGAGCUUGCAGUGUGCGUUUUUUUGUGCCUGCUGUGAUGCGUCGACUCUCGAUUGUCGACCUGGUGUCACAGUUAGUUGUUUCCCGAAAAACCGUUCCUCUACUGUGGAUGCAAUAUUUUGAGCUUAGUAGGGGUCGAGUGAAAAAGCAGAGUGCGUUGACUCUUUUACAGGCGUGCGUUGUCUCACAGGUUUUUUCCCGAAGACCUUUGCGCUGUUGAGUUUUGUCAUUCCGAAUCCUCGGAGGUAUCAGUGCCAUCACAAACGUCAGCCAGCCUUGGUCUUUGACUUUUUUUAAGUAGAAGCGGCUGUUGCGUCUCCUGUUCACGUUUGCCUUCCAUGGUCUCUCGUUUUUUUACGACAAGCGGUUUCUGCCAAUCACGCACACAUACAAUUGCUUCUUCUGUUGCGUGAAUGUUGUCAUUGGGAGGGAUGUCCCGUAUCCUGCUGGUCGGUGAUUGGUGGAGGGGGGCGUUUGGAACGCGCGCCUUGGUUCUCGGCUUUCUUGUUUCUUAUUGCGGUCGUGAUUGUCGGCAGUACAGUAAUUGGACUUCCUUUGCUUGUCGUUGUUGAAAGGUUGUUAUUGCCACGGAUGGUGGCAUGGAGCAACACAUGCCGCCGCCCCCACUCUGUGUGUGCAGUGUGCAGUAGAUCCCGAGCAGUGUUGGACGCUAUCAGGCGGCGGCGCACAGCGGUACGGAAUUAUCGUGGUGCAGGAGGAGUGUGGGGGGUGCCAUCGACUUGGAGUCCAAGGUGUUCCGCAUACCGCGUUCCACAUACCGUGUUCCACAUACCAUGUUCCACAUACCGAACGCGUAGAGGCGUAUCCGCAGCUCUCUGUGUGUUUUCAGGUCGAGGAAUUGGUCUCAUUUGAUAUCUGUUUGGGGUGGCGUGUAGAAAUAUGAUGCAUGUGAUGUCGGAGACGGCAUCGCGCCGUAUGAAGUGAGUUUUCGUUGUGGGUUACCGCUGGCAUGUGGUACAAUAGUACAGCGAUACCAUGAGAGUACAAACCACGCGCAUUCGUGCGUCAGGGCUAACGUGCUCUCUAGGCUUCCGUUUUUAGUGCUAAAGGUUGUUUGCUGUUUGGAGGUGAGAAUGGAGCUUGAUAGCGAUGGGGCUUGAUAGCGCAAUGACAUUGCGUGAUGGCCGCUCAAACGCCAUCGGUAGUUUGUGAGUUGGGUCUCGGCUGUG